AGCGAACCAAAACAGACUUUCAGCAUAAUACGAACGGUAAAGCAAUUAGUGAGGAUCCACCAUAUACGUACAUACAUAUGUACAUACAUUUAGGUGAACAUAGAUACAUGUGACUAAGUAUAUAGUAUGUAUCGGAGCAGCUGACGUCGGGCCAUUUUUGUGAUGAAAUUCGUGGGAAUCGUGUAGUAAUAGCAGUAAAAGCAACAACACCAACAACAGACGCAGGAGAACUCACGAAAAGCGCAGGGAACGCGCGUGUGCGCCCAUCGGUGUGAUAUAUUAUUGAUCUCACAUCGACAUCGCCUGAAUCACAAUCUAUAUAUAGUAUAUACCUCAGCAGGCAGCAACCGAUCUUAGAAACAACUGAAUCAACAACAGGUCCGCAAAUUAGGGGCGAACGCCCAAUACCACUACUCCAGAGUUUUGGAAUCUCGCCGCUUCGAUCUGAAUUCCAAUUCCGCUGAAGACGUUUGGAGACCAUGACAAAGACAAAGGAUCAGCAAGCGACUCCCAUACCCGAAGAGCUCUACAAUCUCACACAGCUGGCCGAGGUGACUCUGGCUGCUGGCCAUCUAAGUACGACCAACAUCAAGAAAAUCAAAGACUACAUGAGCGGUCACCAGCCAUCAGAAUGUAAGGGCGAGGGUCCUGCCACGGAUGCCACCGAAAUGAGUGACACCGACGGAAAAGUUCGGCAGCGAGCCUCGACAGCCUUCUACUCCUCAUCCGACGAUGACUCCAACUACUACAGUCACAAAGUGUUCGAUCGCAAGAAACUUCGGCGCUGCACCAUCUCCGACUCCAAUUCCUGCGCGAGCAGCAGCAGCAGCAGUUGUGUCGCACCCUCUUGCGGUGAGGAGCCCUCCGCAGUUGAUCCAGCUGCCAAGUCAAUGGAUGGCCUUUUGGAUGACGAGCACAUUUGUCCAGAGUGCGGCAAAAAGUACUCGACAUCUUCCAAUUUGGCACGCCAUAGACAAACCCAUAGGUCAAUUAUGGACAAAAAGGCACGCCAUUGUCCUUACUGCGAGAAGGUUUACGUGUCCAUGCCGGCCUUCUCGAUGCACGUGCGCACCCACAACCAAGGAUGCGAGUGUCAAUUCUGUGGCAAGUGCUUCUCCCGCCCCUGGCUGCUCCAAGGCCACAUUCGAACACACACCGGCGAGAAACCCUUCAGGUGUAGCGUCUGCGAUAAGGCCUUUGCCGAUAAGUCCAAUCUGCGUGCCCACAUCCAGACGCACUCCAACACGAAGCCGCACAUCUGCGCCCGCUGUGGCAAGUCGUUUGCCCUCAAGUCCUAUCUGUACAAGCACGAGGAGUCGUCCUGCAUGAAGAAUCGCAGCGGAGAGCGCGAAGCUCGCACUGCAGUACGUCCAGCCCCUUCAUCACCCAAACGCCAAGGCGAACAACAGCGCGAGAUGGGCCAUGGAGCUAACCCUAGUGCCAACGUAAGUCCAGACUCAGCGAAAUCAACGCUGGCAAAUAAACUGCUGCAGAAGGAGAAGGAGCGCCGGCAAGCUGCCAUCACAUAUAGCUAUACACACAGUUCGAAUACGGAGCUUGCACAGCCAUAUACGAGUACAAUGGUCAGGACGCCCAUGUCGCAGGAGGAGUUCGAACGCUUUAAGCGUAUCAGCGUCAUUCAACCCACUGUGCUGCCGCAUCCGAACGCUGUCUAUCAGGAUCACCCCCAUCACCACCACCCCCACCUACCCCUGCCCCCCUACCAACACUAUCCAGCGAGCCCACCAGCUCCAACGUUGACCAGCACAACCGCCACUCAGGAGCAACCGGUAGACUUUUCGCCAAAGAACAACUUUACGCACUCGGCCAAAACCAGCCCAUUCGAACUGACUGGCAACUAUGCCAUGGUCGCAUAGAGACUGUAAAAGACAUGGGACACCUCGAGAUGCUCCCUCACCUCCCUCCCGCACAUUGAAAUUCAGUUUUGAAGCGAGUGGAACGAAAGCGAGCACAAUCCAGACCCAUUACAUAUAUACUCGUAGUGUACUCUUUAUAUACACAAAAUAUCCGGCAAACUUUCUUUUCGUUCGUCUUAGGAGCUUAUUGUAGUAAACAAAUAUGUGAUAAAUAUGUAAAAGCACAAAUUACCGCUAGAAUAGUCGAUUCCAUAACGAAAAUAUGUAGUUCAUAGGAGCUAUUGUAUAUCUUGCCCGAUACUUAUACUGUUACGUACUGAUGCCGAUUGAUAAAUAGAUUCAGAAUUAGCACUCAUAUAGUUAUAACGAAGAUUUAGAGACUUGCAAAAUGCUACCAGUAUUUUUUUUAGCACUAAAGAGCGUUCUUUUUUCUGUCUAAGUCGCCAAACCCCACAGGCAUCAAUAUACACGUAGAUAUACAUAUACUAUAUUUUAUCCAAUGUCUGUUGACUUGAAAAUAGUUUGUAGGGCCUCGAAUUUACAAGCAAUAUAUUUUAAUUUUUAAAUUAUAUUCUGUUCGUUUUAAGGCAUCACGAUUUUCAACACGAAAAUCGAGCGAGAGAUUCUCUAGUCUUUAUCAUUAAAAUUGACGUCUCCGGACAUCGCGAGGAAAACCGAAUUCGAACCCGAACCAGAAAUUUGGACGUGAGAUUCCGGACCUCGCGUGUGGUGCGUUAUUUUAAGCACUAAAUGGCCGCAUGUGGUGCAAUAAUUGACAUAAUUUUUACAUCUACACGUAUAUUUGUAUGUAUGUACUCGUAUGUCUAUACAUUAUACUUAUGUAUUGUAUCUUAUAUGUUGGACAAAUCGCUAUAUUAUAUUUUUUGUUCAAUUUUACAACUUUACGGCAACUUAUUUCAAUUAGUUUAGUAUAUAAUACGACACUUUUAUUUUGUAGAAGCACACUGCAUUUUGUAUAUUUUAAUAUUCUCUGUACACGCAAACAAGCGACAGCAGCCUACAGCUAAACACACCAAAGAUAUUUAGUUAUAGUAUAUGUGUGUAUAUUUAUUCGAAUUAAACGAGAGAUCCACCGAUCCCUUCAAAUGAA